AUGGCGGUAAACCAAUGAGGGCGAAGAAGAUAUCACACAUAAAAGGAACCUCAAUCCAACCCCCAGAAUCUCUUCUAUUGGAGCGUAGUAGUUGUAGUUGAAUCAUCCAUACUCGUUAGCAAUCAGUUGGAAGUCGCAGCUGGAUUUCCUUUUGCUAGUACCGGUACCGUAUCUUUUAAGCUUUUGAGCUCGUCGGAUACCCCAUCUCUUGAGAUCAAAGAUCAAAGAUAUUACCCAGCUGAUAUUACCAUCUUGAGUGUUUCUACUGCAUCAGUCCACGACCAUGGCAACUGCUGCCAGUGAAACGACUCCUCUGGUGGGCGGUGAUACUGCUGCUCGCCGUCCCAGUGCCGCCGUUGCAUUGGAUACCGAUGGAUCUCCCACGACACGUCAACAAGUCUACGAUUUCUUGGAAGCUCAGACCGACGCGGGCAAGCGCUACGAGAUCUUUAUGAUUUUUCUGAUUCUGGUCAAUGUCAUUGCCUUUAUUAUCGGAUCACUCUUUGUCGAAGAGUACAACAAGGAACCCUGGGCAGCCCGCAAGGGUGGUAUGUGUGGCAAUGUCUGCGAUGCUCUCUGGUUUGGCAAUUAUUCCGACAAUGAUCUAGAAUGGUUAGGAUUGGGUGCCACUUCCCUCUUGGAAAUUGUCACCGUCUUGGUCUUUACCGUGGAGUAUGGAUUGCGACUGUGGGUUUGCGAUUUGGAAGAUGCCACCAAAUUCUCGGGUGUCAUGGGACGGCUACGCUUCAUCCCCACCUUUUUCAGUCUGGUCGAUUUGGCGUCCACGCUGCCCUUCUACAUCGACGCAUUUGCCUUGAGAGACUCGGAUUGGGUCGGAAGUUCCUUUUUGAGAAUGUUUCGACUCUUGCGCAUGAUGCGAGUUGAAGGACGAUACGAUACGGCACUCACCAUGGUGGAUGAUGUCUUUCACGCGCAAAAGGGUAUUAUGGGCACGGCACUCUUUGUUGGAUUCACCACAUGGAUGACAGUGGCCAGCUUGUAUUAUAUUGUCGAACGCAAGAAUGAAGAUCUCAUUUACUGUGGGGCAGCACCCGACUAUUGUGGAGAUGCCGAUGACAUGGAUAUCUCACUCUGUACCAUUGACGUUUGGGGAUUUGCCAAUUGUACCGCUGCAGGAUGUCCAGCGACCGAGGCAAACCCAGAACCCUGUUACAAUCUCUACCAAUCCAUUCCCAUGGCAUCGUACUAUGCACUCUUGAAUCUUUUUGGAGAAUUCCCACUCAUUGACCAACAUUCCGUGGGUGGAAAGGUUGUGGGCACAUUCACAGCCGUUCUAGCUGCCGUGGUGUUUGCGGUCCCCACGGGUAUCAUUGGGAAUGGCUUUGAAGCCAUUAUUGAACAAAAACAAGCUGAACGAGGGGGCGGAGAGGUAGUUGCUCUCGAUGAGUGGUACCGUACUGCCGGGUUUGUCACGGAGGGCACCACGUUGCGCCAAAAGCUAUACAACUUUCUCCAUGCCAUGACAGAACCAUGGUCCAUGGCAUAUGAUUUGUUCAUCCAACUAUUGGUCAUUGUCACAACCUUGACAUUCAUGCUGGAUACCCUCAAGGGAACCACCGCAGCCAUGCAUGUGUCGUUCGAUUCCAUCGAGUUCUUUGCAGUCGUGGUCUUCACCCUGGACUAUCUGGCACAUGUCUAUUCCGUCAAGGAAGACCCCAAAUAUAGUGCCUCUGUGGGUGGACGAUUCUGGUACAUGCUGACAUUCUUGGCCGUGGUCGAUUUUCUUUCCGUCUUUCCCUAUUGGUGUGAAUUGCUCGUGAAUGGUGAAGCCAUCAUUACUUCUUCGGAUACCACAAGCACCGCCAGCAACCUGGUUCGGGCAUUGCGGCUGCUACGUAUCCUGCGCUUUGAGAAGUAUACCAGAGCCUUUACCACCUUUGAUGACGUCUUGAGAGCCAAUGCCCAGGUUCUACAGCUCACUGUGUUUACGGCAAUGCUUCUCUGGGUUUUCUUUGCUGCCUUUUUGUACAUCACAGAACGCGACAAUCCAGAUGAAGAAAUGGCUUCCAACUACAACAACGUACCCAACAGCAUGUGGAUGACACUCCUCAAUCUGUCCGGAGAAGCGCCUCUCUGCCAGUAUUCUGUGUGGGGAAAGGUCGCAUCAGGCAUCAUUGGCUUGUUCGCAACGGCCAUUUUUGGUAUCCCCAUCGGUAUUUUGGGAGCUGGAUUUGAGGAACUUGUCCAAGAGAAGAACGCAGACAACACGGAGGAAUUGGUAGCUGCAGCAAAUGAAGCCAACAAAACCCGUUCACCAGAAGAGGAGGACAAAGCCUUGGAAGAAGCAUCUGCGGAACUGGGGUCCUUCUUGGAGCACUGUUUGUAUACCUUUGUCAAUGGUAUUGGAAGUCCGAUUGCCAAAGCGUUUGAGAUCGCCAUAUAUGCCCUGAUCUUCUUGGCUGUAGGAGUGGGAUGCUGGCAGACCGUGGAAGGGGAAGAGAACAGUUUCCGUGAGAUUGAGUGGAUAGCUGUCGUUGUCUUCACAUUCGAGUAUGUACUUCGUUUCAUUGGAGCAGGCGCCGACCCAGAGUUUGCAGUACCAGGAGGUGAUCCGAUCUCCUGUCGAAUCCGCUUUUUGUUCAGCUUCUACUCAUUUGUGGAUCUGGCUGCGAUCAUUCCAUUCUACGUGUCAUUGGCCAUGCCAGAUUCCAUUGUGGAUCAAUACGAUGAGUAUUUGAGAAUGUUGCGUAUCGUGCGACUUAUCAAACUCGACAAAUAUGUACCAAGCAUUUCCCUGAUUGAUGACGUGAUUCGUCUGAAGGCCAAUACGCUCAAGGUAGCUGCCUAUGCCGCAGCUACCCUAUGGAUCCUUUUUGCAGCGCUCUUGUACCUUUUUGAGACAAAGGACACAAUAAAUGACCUGGAUGAUCCCGUUCCGGACUAUGGCUGCAUGGGGGACUGCACCAUGGCUGAUCGCUUCCAAAAUUUCUUUGACAGCAUGGUCUACACAGGCGUCCACUUGACAGGUGACUACCCCAUCACUACAUACACAUGGCCCGCCCGAGUGUGUUGCUUCUUCAUGGUCAUUGCCGCGGUUGGCGUGGUUUCUGUCCCGUCCGGACUCAUUGCAAGUGGAUUCUCAGAGAUUGUCCAAAGUAGAAACAGGAAGAGAGGCGGAGAGCGAAGUCCUACUGGGCGCGCUGGUGAUGAUUGGUACGAAAUCUCCCUAAGACAACUUCGGAACGUGGCUCCUCCUCCUUCGCCUUGGGGGGCGAAAGUGGACGAAUGGCAAGUAGCCGUGAACGAGUUCUUGAACGGCAAGGAUGGUGCGAAUGGAGAGACAAAAUGGACGUUCUUUUCCAGAACAGGACGUGUUUUCAUUUUCACUGUGAUCAUCACGAAUGUUCUGGCUGUCCUGCUGGAGAGCAUUCCCAACAUCGACAAGGCAGUAGGCAAUGAUCCUGGUAACUUCUUCGAUUCCUUUGAAGCCUUCUCGGUGUUUGUCUUUGCCUUUGAAUACAUUCUCAGGCUCUUCUGUGCUCCGAAGAACAAAGAGGCUCUGUAUUCCUCCUGGACCUAUGCCACCACUUUCUUUGGGAUCGUGGAUUUGCUGUCGACAGCCCCUUGGUUCGUUGAACAAGCCUUGAUUGCCUCCGGACUAGAGGAUGAGAGUGGCGACCUGGCUCGAACCUUUCGCAUCGCACGUAUCUUUCGAUUACUUCAAUUGGAAGAUUUCAUCACAGCAUUCAGUAAACUGGACAAUGUCUUCCGAGCAUCGAAGGAUAUUCUCAAGGCUACUGGCUUGAUGGCCCUCAUCAUUUGGGUCGGUUGUGGCGCGUUGUUUUUCAUCUUUGAAGAAAACAACCCCAAUUGGCGCGAAUGCGAUGCGUCCAUCCCCUUGACAUCUGAGAGUUCCAGAUACCCAGGCUGCUAUGACUUUGCCACCACUGCAGCUUGCAACGAAGUGUACACGAAUAUGUGCACCCAGAAGGCUUUCACAAACAUGCCAGACAGCUUGUACUACACAGCUGUCUUCUUGGGCGGCGAGUGGGGAGUCAUUGACUUCACUUGGCCCGGUCGAUUGGUGUGUCUUUUCCUCUGCGUCAUGGGUAUCGGUCUCUAUGCGAUUCCAGUCGGAGCCCUAUUCGACAGCUUUGGUGCUGUUCUGGGUUUGAGCGAUGAUGACGACGACGAAGAUGAGGAGUAAGCGUUUUGCCCUUUAUGUUAUAAUUCGAUUCUGCUGAGUUAUGUUCUCUUCGAAGCUCUUGUUGUGGUUGUCCCAACCGCGUUACUACUAGAGAGCUACCCAAUUGUAAAGUUUUAUGCGUAAUCUUUGUUUGUUGCGACCCC